UGAGACUUGCGACGUAACUGUACGACGAGGAGAAACAGAAACUAUGGAUGACUACCUAGAUGGCUCGGUGGACGGAGACGAUAUUUUCCCAUGUAAAGGAUGUGGUGAGGUAAGUAGCUGAGUCAUAAGCUACCCUGCAAUUGCAAUCCGCAGACUGAUCUAAACGUGAUGCAGAUAUUAGAAGAGGGCAAAGCCUUCGAACUUGCGGGAAACCGAUGGCAUCUCAAUUGCUUUCGUUGCAAUACAUGCAAUACCCUGCUCGAUUCGGACGCAAACUUGCUCCUCCUCGGCGAUGGCUCUCUGAUAUGUAAUAAUUGUACAUACAGUUGUAGCGCGUGCGGCGACAAGAUCGAGGAUCUCGCAAUUCUUACUGGUGAACAGGCCUUUUGUGCUGCGUGCUUUCGGUGUAGGAAUUGCAAAAGGAAGAUUGAAAACCUACGCUAUGCCAAAACAUCACAGGGAAUCUUCUGCAUGAGCUGCCAUGAAUCAUUAAUGGCAAGGCGCAGGAAGAAAUCCAAGGCUGCCCAGGCCAAGGCUCGCGAGAAGGAUAGUUCAGUGGUAGAAAAAUCUCUCCCAGCGCUACCUCCUAAUGCAAUACCGCCCAAUGCUUUCUCCAAUGAUCGGGUCGAUCCGGAGUCUGACACGCCUACUGAGCUUCCCACCAAUCUCUCUCCGCGGCCACGGCCGUCAUAUCCUCGCAACGACUCAGAUUCACUGAACAACUCACGUUCUGCCCGGUCUCCUGAACGUCCGUCUGAUCACGCUGGCCUAUCAUUACCUUCUCACACCUACCGUCCUAACCGGAACUCUGCCCUCUACGCGGGUGGCGAUACGGCGGGUACAGGAAUAGAUGAUCAGAGCUUCUUCAUCCCGGUUGCUCUAGAUCCAAGCCCCCUUCCUUCUGCGACACCGAGAUCUACCACGGAAACCCUUGGAGAUGGUAAUAAGAAGACCCAGGACAAAGAUUACUUCAACAGCGUUCCGAAACAAGCGGAAAGGAAAACCGAUUCUCAGUCUUCCACACCGCAUAUUGCUUUUCAAGAAAAGGGGCGUCAAGCGUCCUCGGACUAUGAUAAUCUUCCUUCGAAGAGCCUGGGCAGGAAAUUAUCUAAAUCAUCCAAAGUCGAUAGGAAUGGAUCGUCAAACGCAUCGUCUGUUGCCGGUGACGAUAGGACACAGACGCCUGUUAAUGGCAAAUCUGAAGACUUCAGAUUGCAAGACGCUCCCAAGAGUAGGAAGCUGAAUACGAGGACCAACUCCCAGCAAUCCAACGCUUUUCAAGAACCGGUUGGCUCCCGAGAUAGUGGCUCCGGGCGGAUUGACAAAGAUGUUGUUGCUAAUGAAGCUAACCAACACCUAUACUCUAACGAUCGCACUAGCACGCCACGCAGCUCGCAAGACUCGCGACUUAAAGAAGACGACGAAAACCGGCUAGCUGACCCCCUAGCAGCAACUUCAGGUAAUGCCUCCCGGCCAAUUGCUCGGAAAGAGCUUCCCCACUCGGCCUCGAGAAGCGUGAAUGGCUUUGCUCGACCUACCCCGGCAGAAUCAAAGCUGACUGAUACAUAUAUGGCGCCCCGAGCGCCACCGGCGCCUCCUGGACAAUCUACGGCGCAGGAUGCAGCUGGUGUAGCGGGCGAGCAUAAGUCAUCCCCGAAACUACCUAUAUGGAAUGCCAGUGGUGACUUUAGCAUGGACGAGGAUAUGGCCCGUAUUUUGGGUACAGAUGAAGGCUCAUCGUCAAUUCUUCGCCGCGUAUCUAAUGCUGUUCGUCACGGGCGUACCAACAGCACCGAGUCGAGUGCCCCUCCCCGUGUCGGCCAUACACGAAGUGUCAGCGAGACUACACGGACUACCGCAUCGCCGCGCUGGCCAAAGACUCCUAUUGCUGAGGAUUCAAUAAACGGUGCUACUCAAGAUAUCACCAGCCCCUUGUCAUUGACGCCUGGUGAAGAUAAUGCAAUGUUAAAACGGCGUUUGCGGAAUUCAGAACAACGAGUAGCAGAACUGGAGCGACAGUUCAAUAAUGAGAAGGACCUCAAGAGUUUGUCGCAGAAGGUUGAGGAAAAGCGUAAGACGGUCUCGGUACUGGACACUCAGACAGAGAUAAUGAUACGCCAAUUGGAAGCGCUUGCUGGAUACGUGGAGAAGGCCAAAGAGACCAAGAAACCUGUCGAUCCGCGCGAUCUCGAGGAGUCUGCCAUCAGGGAUUUCGUCCAGAGGCUGGACAAAUUGAAACAGUCUAUGGCAGCCUCCAUUGAGCAGCUUCAUGCCGAGAGAGACCAACUUGUGGAAGAGAAGAACCGAGCAAUAGCUGAUCGGGAUCGUGCCCGCGUCGAGUUUGAGCAGCUGGUCUCUAAGAACGCCCAGCUAGCGGACUUGAACAACGACAUUACCCAUCAAAUUCAAGAAAGAUUCAAGAACCACUCAGAUGCUAGGCUACCGGCGAACGGCCUUGGCAUCUAUAACCACAAUAAGGGUGUCUCGAACAAUUCAGUUAGCCUUGAUAACGCGAGCAUACAGACAGGUACCACCAUUAUCACGCCCGAGCAUGAAGAGCCAAUCAUCGAGGCCCGGCCAACCGUGGUCAAAAUUGAAAAGAAGAACUUCUCUAAAUGGAAGAAGGGUUCGAAGGCCGUGGCUCAGAAUAUUGCUAAAGGAGUGAAUCGAACGGUCGUUGCCUUCCAGCAGCCAGAGCGCCAUCCCCAAGGCAUGGCUGGAGAAAGCAUUGGUGUUCCGUACAACAUGACUGUGACACCUGUCGAGUCACCGGUCUCACAUGUGCCGCCCAAUGGCUUCAACCGCCAGCAGGCCGAGGCCAGCCGACAAGGAUUUUUCGGCUUCAAGAAGGCGCAGACUAUGCCGAAGGCUGGCGCGGCCAUAAGUGCGUCCACAGCAACCGCGGCUGAGCCUCCUAAUGUUUUGUUCGGCUCCGAACUUACAGAGCGAGCUGAGUAUGAACGCCGGCAAAUCCCUUCCGUUAUAACACGAUGCAUUGAGGAAGUUGAGCUCAGGGGCAUGGAAAUGGAAGGCAUCUACCGCAAGACGGGUGGCAACUCGCAGGUUAAGAUUAUUCAAGAAGGCUUUGAUAAGAACGAGAACUUCGACAUCUCAGAUCCUGAUAUGGAUAUCACUGCAGUCACUAGUGUUCUUAAGCAGUACUUCCGGAAGCUCCCAACGCCACUACUAACAUAUGAUGUCUAUGACCGCGUGCUAGAAACGAAUUGUGAGUAUCACGCCAUUGACCUGCCCUCAAAACUUUAAACAAACAGACACUAACAGAUAAUAGCACUUACAACCGACUCGGAGAAGUGCAGCCAUCUCCAAACCGUCUUCAGCCAACUGCCGAGGCAGCACAAGGACUGUCUUGAGUUCCUCAUGUUCCACCUGUCUCGUGUGGCAUCGAGAGAAAGCGAAAAUCUCGUACGCUGCCUAUAUUUAUUCCCACCGUGCUCGAGGCUUGGCUAACCUAACCAGAUGACACCACGGAACUUGGCCGUGGUUUUUGCCCCUACUAUCAUGAGAGACACGAAUAUUGAACGAGAGAUGACAGACAUGCACGCCAAAAACAUUGCAGUUCAAUUCAUUAUCGAGAACAGCCACAACAUAUUUUCUUAAUCUAAGUUACCUUGUGGUUUAUCAUCAACAAGCA